GUUCUCGCGAGAUCUUGAUGAGUUUACUCCAAAGUAAAUGCCACGUCUUAACAGUAGCAUCAAGGCAGACAGAAACAUUAGGAGUUUACCUAACAUACUGUACGCAUAAUAGAGAGUUAUUCAGCAGCCCAGCGGGUCAGUGAUAUCUGACACAAUCCGGGGAUAAUAUGGGCUGUAUACGUCUGCUGGCGCUGACACUGGCCACAUCUACACUACUCCUGUUAGCCUCACAUUCAACCACUGCCCACAGCCAUUCCCAUGGCGACCACGGCCACGGCCACCAUCACCACGGCCACCAUCACCACGGCCACUCCCAUGGAGAAGACGAUCACGACGAAGUGAAGAUGUUCCAUGGAGCGAGCAAGUGGAGUGCCGAGGCCAACGUCCCUCUACAGGAAGAGGAGCGCCACGGACACGAUCACGGGCACGCUCAUGAUCACGGGCACGCUCAUGAUCACGGACACGCUCACUCUCACGAUCACGGACAUGGGCACGCUCAUCAGGACGCGGAGGAUGUUGUUCGGGUGCACAAGGAGAAGAGUGGACACGGACACGCCCACGGAGGGGAGAGGGUGAAGAGGGAGGCAGAAGGAGAGAAAAGGGACACGGUGGAGCUGUGGACACAGGCUAUCGGAGCGACCCUGCUGAUCAGCGCCGCUCCUUUCCUCAUCCUGUUUCUGAUCCCAGUCCAGUCCAACAGCGACCAGCACCAGAACCUGCUCAAAGUGCUGCUCAGCUUCGCCUCAGGUGGACUGCUGGGAGACGCCUUCCUCCACCUCAUACCGCACGCUUUGGAGCCCCACUCUCACCACGGAGAAGAAGAUCAUGGACACUCGCACGCAAGUGAGGAGUCCCAUGACCACGGCCACUCCCACGGAGCCGCCCACGAUCACAUGAUGUCAGUGGGUCUGUGGGUUCUCGGUGGGAUCAUCGCCUUCCUGGUUGUGGAGAAGUUUGUGCGGGCCCUGAAGGGAGGCCACGGACAUUCCCACGGCCACUCGCACGAUGCUCCCAAGGAAAAGGACAGUGAUGGAGAAGAAGAAAAGGAGAAGAAGAAGAAGAAGGGGAAAGAAAGCAAAGACGAGAAGGUGCCAAAGAAAGAGGAGACACAGGAGAAGAGCACAGACAUCAAGGUGUCGGGCUACCUGAACCUGGCGGCCGACUUCACGCACAAUUUUACCGACGGCCUGGCGAUCGGAGCGUCGUUCCUGGUUGGCCCAGCGGUUGGCGCCAUCACCACGCUCACCAUCCUGCUGCACGAGGUCCCGCAUGAGAUCGGAGACUUUGCCAUCCUUGUCCAGUCUGGCUGCACCAAAAAAAAGGCCAUGUGUCUCCAGUUGCUGACUGCCCUGGGAGCUCUGGCCGGCACAGCUUGCUCCCUAUUGGCCGAGGGCGUGGGCGCUGCAGCGACCGCCUGGAUCCUGCCGUUCACGGCCGGCGGCUUCGUUUACAUCGCCACAGUCACCGUGCUGCCAGAACUGCUGGCGGGCCGCUCCAGCUUCGGCCAGUCUCUGAUGGAGAUUCUGGCGCUGCUGUUCGGAGUCGGCAUGAUGGUGCUGAUCGCCGAGUACGAGUGAGACUCCGCCGAGUGGACAAGGAGGGGGAAGAGGUCAAACGGUUGGAAAACAAAAUGCUGGUUUUAAAGUAGAGUUCAAGUGGAUUAUUAUUUGUCAGGGGUGUGUUUUCUUUCCUUUUUUUUUAUUAUUAUUAAUUAUGUUUCGGGACAAAAUCCACCACCUGAUGGCGAAUGGAUGAUUUUUGUUGUCUUUUUUUUUUUUAGCAGUUCAUGGUCACAUCCCUGAUUUUUUAUUUUUAUUGUUUUUGUGUUACUGUCUCUUUUUCGGGUUCCUAAAAAACUUCAGCGGGACAGACUGAGCGCUGGAGAGAAACAACGUGAUGGGGAAAGGUUCUUUUGAGGACUGCUGUGUUGUUCGUUAAGGGCCCUACCAUCAGGAAAGGAGGGGAAAUCUUUUUUUUUUGUGCGGUGCCAGAAUUCACUCACCGCUUUUACCACACGGGAUCAAUCGGCUGCACUUUUAGCUGCAGCGUAAACUGACGGCCAGGUUUCCUUACAAAAGUGGCUUAAAGUAGAUUCAUCAUUCAUUUUGCAGGUCCUUAAAGUGCUCAUAUUAUGCUUUUUGGCUUUUUCCCUUUCCUUUAUUGUGUUAUAUAUCUUUUUUGUGCACGUUAUAGGUUUACAAAGUGAAAAAGCCCAAAGUCCACCCCAAAG